AUGGAUUGGCAGGAGAAGGAUGUGCUCGUCAUCGACGAGGUGAGCAUGCUCGGGGCGCGGACGCUGCACGCCGUGAACGAGCGGCUUCGCCGGCUUCGCGGAUCGCGGCAAGAUUUCGGGGAUCCCAUCGUCCUCUUCUGCGGAGAUUUUCAGCAGUUCCGGCCGGUCCAAGAGAGGUCGAUCGUCCUGCCUAGCGCGGCCAUCUCGUGGGACGUAGACAACUCGUUCAAGGCCGAGCAGCGUCACCAGCACGACAAAGCGCACGCACUGUGGAAGAGGUUCACGACGGUCGUCAUGCUGGACGAGCAGAUGCGCGCCGCCGGCGACCCGGAGCUGCAGAGGCUGCUGAAGCGGAUCCGUCUAGGCGUGCAGGAUCGGACGGAUCUAAACCUCCUCAACUCAAGGAAUCGGUGGAACCUGAACAUGGAGGCGAGCCUGGCGUUCCGGGUCCAGCAGCGGUCGACGAUGCGCAUUUUCAUCUCCGAGCACAAGUGGAAGGAGGAGCUGCCGACGGAGGAAGAGGCGAUCAUGAUACUCAACCAGGGCGACGAUAGCGCGAUCCCGGUGCCGGCCGUCUUCAUGUUCGUGGCCGGGAUGCCCAUCGUCGUGAACCACAACACCCACCAGGGGCUGAAGCUAGUGAACGGCGCGAGCUACUCGGCGGUGGAGGUCAUUGUCGACAAGGCGUACCCGGGGCAUCGGAUCUCGGCCGAUAUGACGAUCCACUUCGGGCCGCCGGCGGGGAUCAUUCUCGAAUCGGAGACGACGAGAUAUCUCCACUUCUGCCAGCGAAAAAGGCCGUGGCAACGCAACGACGUCAGCCGAAAGGGUUUGCCGUGCGCAGCAGCGUUCGCGUGCACGGACUACAAGGUGCAGGGCAAAACGCUGGAGCGCGUGGCCCUCGAGCUGCGAGGACACGGACGACGAAGAUGGAUGGAACGGUGGUGCCCUCGCAACGGCAUCAUGCUCGUGUCCAAGGUGCGGGACAGAGACUUGGUGGGCAACCGGGUCCCCGAGGAGAUGACUGCCGCACAGGCCAGGCUCGAGGUACUGAGCGAGAGGACCGUUGAGGAGGCGUUGCGCUGGCUGGACGGUGAUGCUGAAGAGUCAAGGCGGCCGCGCUAG